ACAGGGACGUGGGUGCCGCAGGGGGCGUGCCAGCGGGUGUGGUCGGGGCGUCGCAAGGUCCUGGUCGCGUUUCUUUGGUAUAUAAGGUGGCGAGGAGUCUCCAGCGGCAGACCAGAUCUCAGACGCUGUGCCGACGACAUGAAUCCUCUGGUGUUGGUGUCGCUGCUGGCUGCGGCCUGUGUCGCCGCCCCGAUGAAAGACCACGCGACCCACGUGGUGCAGCACGCAGCGGCGGUGGUGCCUCUCGCGGCGCACCAUGAGGUGACGGCACACGUCCCUGUGGGAGUGGAGCACCACACGGUGGGCAAGGCCGUGGCCGUGGCCCCCGCCGUGGUGCCCGCCGUGCCGGGCUACACCGUGGACGGGGAGGUGCGCCAGGUGACCCACGACCUGCCCAAGCCCGAGGAAGUCGAAGUAGACGUGGACUCUCUUCCCAUCCUUGCCGCUCCCGCAACCUACGCUGCACCAUACACCGUACCCCACGCCCAUCUCCCUUACGCCUUGCCCCACCACCAUGUACAAGUCGCUCCCACCCACGUAGCCCAUGCGCCCAUCACUUACUCCAACGUCAAUCUCAAUGUGCCCGCGCCCGUGCCCUCUGGAGACGCUCCCGCCCCAGAGGAACUGGUGCAGCGCAUCCCCGUCAAGGCCCUGGGCCGCCCCGAGGUGACCUACACUCCCCAGGUGACUGAGGUCAGGCCGGAACUCAAAAUCAUCGAGAAGACCUACGACGUGAAAGUGCCCAAGCCCGUGUACCAGACCCAGCACGUCACCCCCGUGCACCACAAGUACGUGGCUGAGCCCUACGCCGUGCCCCAGCCUUACGCCGUGCCCCAGCCCUACGCUGUGCCCCACCCCUACCAUGUGCACCACCAUGUUGCCGCCGCACCUGCCGUGCAUGCGGUGCACGCUGCGCCCGCUGUGUACGCCGCGCCUGCCGUGUCCAUAGGGCAUUAUUGAAGCGAUCAUCGCCGUCCAGCACUGCGUCUCCUUCGGCAGGCGCGUCAGCACCACUGCCCCGCCAGUGGCUGAGUGACGCCGCCUGCCGCUGUACUCGUAGCCACACUUAGCACGCUUUCUUAGGCUCCAUGGCCCAAGACAAAAUGUAAAACAGAAUUCUCACCUUUAUUUGCUAUUAAAUGACGAAUUUACGACGAACACAA